CGCUUGCGGAAUCUCAUAUCAAGUGUAUUGUGCGGCAAAUAUCGCUAAGAUGGUGAACAUUACGGAAAAGAUCAAGGAGAUCGAGGAUGAGAUGAGGAGGACCCAAAAAAAUAAGGCUACCGAAUAUCAUCUUGGUCUUCUAAAAGGAAAACUCGCUCGCUACAGAGCCCAACUCCUCGAGCCCGGCCCAGGCGCAGGAGGUGGAGGAGGCUCCGGCUUUGACGUGAGCAAAAGUGGUGAUGCACGUAUCGCACUCGUGGGCUUUCCCUCUGUCGGAAAAUCCACUUUCUUGUCCAAAAUCACCAAGUCCAAGUCCGAAGUAGCAGCCUACUCUUUCACCACCCUCACCGCUAUUCCUGGUGUACUUGAGUAUGGAGGAGCCGAGAUCCAGAUUCUGGAUUUGCCAGGUAUCAUUGAGGGGGCUGCUGAGGGAAAGGGUAGAGGAAGACAGGUCAUUUCGGCGGCGAAGACGAGUGACAUGAUUUUGAUGAUUCUGGAUGCUACGAAGAAAGCCGAACAAAGAAGUUUAUUGGAAGCAGAGCUGGAGGCUGUGGGGAUUAGACUGAACAGGGAACCGCCAAACAUCUACCUUAAGCCCAAGACAGCUGGAGGCAUGAAGAUCACAUUCCAGAACCCACCGAAGAACAUCGAUCAGAAAAUGGUGUACAACAUUCUCCGCGACUACAAAAUUCUGAAUUGCGAGGUUCUUGUCCGAGAUGAGAACGUCACAGUUGACGACUUCAUCGACGUGAUCAUGAAAGACCACAGAAAAUAUAUCAAGUGCCUUUACGUGUACAACAAAAUCGACAGUGUCUCCCUCGACUUCCUCGACAAGCUAGCCCGAGAACCACAUACCGUGGUCAUGAGCUGUGAGCUCGACUUGGGAAUUCAGGAUGUGGUGGAACGAUGCUGGGAUGAGCUGAAAUUGAUUAGGAUUUAUACGAAGCGGAAGGGUGUUGAUCCUGAUUUCUCGGAGGCACUGAUUGUGAGGAGUAAAAGCACGAUCGAAGAUGUGUGUGAUCAAAUUCACAGGACAUUAAAGGAUACUUUCAAGUAUGCUAUGGUUUGGGGUGCUAGUGCUAGACAUAUCCCUCAGAGAGUCGGCCUGGGGCAUAUGGUUGCUGAUGAAGAUGUGGUGUCGAUCAUUAGUGCAUUUAAAGCUUAGAUGAUAGUCAAUGGAGGAGUUGGGGCGUUGCUUUCUCCACAACUGCGUAUGCCACAUAAAGAUCAUUUCAAUGAGUCAUUCGCAUUUGCCAGUUUGCGCGAAAUGUAGGGAAUGUGGUAUGAGAAAUUGGGUGUUCAUAG